AUGAGCUUGAAAAGGUUUUUUAAUUUUCUAGACGAUGAUAAUAAAACAAAAAAAAAAAUUAACACUAAUAAGAAUGAAGUCGAUGACGAUAAAAUAAUUAACGAUGAAGAAGAAAAAAUAAUAUCAGAUGAAACAAAAUAUAAGGAGGAAGAUGAACAAGAAAAAGGAGAACACGAGAAAGAAGCAGAAUUGCCAAAGGAGGAAAAAAAAGGUGGAAAAAGAAGAGGUCGAAAAAAACAAACAGAUGACAAAAAAAAUGAUCAUAAUGAUGAAAGUGAAAAUCAUAAAAUUGACCAAGAAUCUCAACCAACAUUAAACAAAAUAGAAGAAGAAAAAAAAGAUAACGAUAAUAAAAAAAAAAGAGGAAGAAAAAGUAAAAAGGAUAAUGAUAUAAAUAAAGGUGAUACAAAUAAAGAUGAUAUAAAUAAAGAUGAUAUAAAUAAAGAUGAUAUAAAUAAAGAUGAUACAAAUAAAGAUGAUACAAAUAAAGAUGAUACCAAUAAAGAUGAUAUAAAUAAAGAUGAUACCAAUAAGGAUGAUAUAAAAAAUAAUAUUUCAAAUAAUAAAGAAAAAACAGAUGAUGAUAACAAUUUAAAUAAUAAUAUAAAGGAUAAAGAAAAUAAUAAUGAGGAUAAAAAUUGUAAAAAAAUCCAUUCUCCUAAUCAGAUAUUAUCAAAUACACCCCCUCCACCUAGUGGACACCCUCCAACAGGUAUACAAAAUAUUUCACAUAAUUUCCCACCUGUGCCGCCAAAUUUACCCCCUCCUCCUACUCCUCCCGCUCCUCCAGGACAACCAAACCAAGCAAAUUACCCUUCUCAAUAUUAUAAUAUGUAUAAUAAUAUGAGUGUUGAAAAUUAUAUGGGGUAUCCAUACUACUAUAGUCAAUAUUAUAACGUGGCUCCUCAUCAGAGCAGUUCCAUAAGCAUGGAUCCAAAUAAAGAUAAACAACUUAAUAAUAUUAAUAGUAAUAAUAGUAAUAGUAAUAAUGUGGUUGAUGGUGGUAGGUUAAAAAACGAUUUGUUGUCGACACCAAAUAAUUACGAUAAAGAUAUAAAUACAGAUGAAAAUAAUAAGAAUAUGUCAAUAUAUGGAAAUAACAUUUCAAAUUAUUAUAUGAAUAAUCCUAUAAAUAAUUACUAUAAUAUGUAUAAUUAUAAUUAUAUGACUGGAAUGAAUAAUGUAAAUACUAUAAAUCCAUUGACAUAUAAUUAUUAUUAUGAUGGUAUAGGUAUGUAUGACAAUAACAAAAUGGUAGAUGAAAAUGUUUUAAAUUAUUGUUCUAUAUUAGAUAAGAGUAUAGAAUUAAUGAAAAAAAGUGAUAAGGUUAAAGAGAUAUUAAAAACACCAGCACGUUUACAAAUAACACAAGAAGAAUUAAAUAAAAUAGAAUAUACAGAAGGUAACGAACAAUAUAAUAUAUGGUUUGGAAAAUAUGUAACAGAUAGAUAUGAUAAAAGUGUCAAGGGUAGUAGUACUCCUCGAUUUGUAGCAAAAUAUAAAUGUAAUCCAACAAAAGAUUCAGGAUAUACUAAAGCAGAUAAAUCAUAUACAAGUAAACAAUAUUUUUGUAUAUAUUUUGCAAGAGGAUGUUGUGCAUAUGGUCAUAAUUGUUUAUAUAAACAUAGAAUACCAAAUGAAAAUGAUGAACUUGAAUUUGAAGCUUCUGUAGAUAUUUUUGGAAGAGAAAAAUUUAAUACAUUUAAAGAUGAUAUGACAGGAGUAGGAUCAUUUAAUAAUGAUUGUAGAACAUUAUUUAUAGGAAGUAUAUUUAUUAAUAAUAUAAAUCAAGUACCAAUUAUUGAAAAAAUUUUAUAUGAAGAAUUUUUACCAUUCGGAAAUAUUGAAUAUGUAAGAUAUAUACCUAAUAAAAAUAUAGCCUUUAUUCAAUUUACUAAUAGAGUAAAUGCUGAAUUUGCUAAAAUAGCUAUGUCAGAUCAACCUAUAGAAAAUUAUUCAACAGCUUUAACUAUAAAAUGGGCAUUUGAAUUUAAAAACCAACCACAUAAUGUAAUACAAUAUUAUAAUAAUCCAUAUAUAUAUGGAAAUACAAAUCAAGUUAUAUCUUCAACAUGGGAAAAUUAUCUCAUGCAACAACAAUAUGGUAACCAUACAAUGUAUACAAAUAUGAAUCAUAUGUAUAAUAAUAUAAAUACAUAUCCCCUAGAUAAUAAUAAUAUUAAUAAUAAUAAUAUUAAUAAUAAUAAUAUUAAUAGCAAUAUUGCUCUUGGUGGAAAUGCCUCUUUAUCUGAACACCAAAAGAAGAUCAACGACAGAUCAGCAAAUUUGAAUAACAGCUUAAAUAAAAUCGAUCAAAUGUUCGACAUACAAAAUUAA